AAGACCUGCUUUCGGGGGUCUUCACGGUUCUUUUCCGGGAAGCCUGCGGGGUAGAGGACUCCGGCCGGAGGGAAGGACGAGUGUGGUCAGCUUUCUCUUCUCCGGGAACCUGCACCUCCCCAGGCGGAAGGAGCCUGCCCAGUGUCCAUCCACAGGUCUGCAGUCUGUGCUCAGAGUCAGCAGAACUCACCGUGAAAGUGAUGUGUUUUCUCCAGUUGCACAAAAUGAGCGUGAGGUGGUUAGCCAGACCAGGAGCUCAACCUCGUGUGGAGUCCAGCCUACUGUUCUGAUGCAGAAGGGGAGGCAGAAAGUGCCACAUGUGGAUGCCCCCCUGGGCCUGCCCACCUGCCUCUGGCUGGAAUUAGCUGGACUCUUCUUACUGGUUCCCUGGGUCAUGGGCCUGGCAAGGACAGGUGGGCCUGAGGCCCAGAGCCCAGGGGGGCUGAGUUGGGCUGUGCAUCUGGACAACCUGGAAGGCAAGGAGCAAGAGGUGACUGUGGAGCAAAAGGCAGAUGCCUUGGCCCGGGCAGCAGGACUGGUGAAUGCUGGGCGCAUCGGGGAGCUCCAGGGGCACUACCUCUUUGUCCACCCAGCUGGGCACCAGUCAGACCAGCAGGUAGAGGCCAUCCGGCAGCAGGCAGAGGCCGUGUUAGCCAGACAUGAAGCUGUGCACUGGCACUCAGAGCAGAAACUGCUAAAGCGAGCCAAGCGCAGCGUCCACUUCAAUGACCCCAAAUACCCACAGCAGUGGCACCUGAAUAACCGGCGGAGCCCCGGCAGGGACAUCAACGUGACAGGUGUGUGGGAACGCAACGUGACGGGGCGAGGGGUGACUGUGGUGGUCGUGGAUGACGGAGUGGAACACACCAUCCAGGAUAUUGCACCCAACUAUAGCCCUGAAGGCAGCUAUGACCUCAACUCUAAUGACCCUGACCCCAUGCCCCACCCGGAUGUGGAGAAUGGCAACCAUCAUGGCACUCGGUGUGCGGGAGAGAUUGCUGCGGUGCCUAACAACAGCUUCUGCGCAGUGGGAGUGGCGUAUGGGAGUCGCAUAGCAGGUAUCCGGUUACUAGAUGGACCCCUGACAGACAGCAUGGAGGCUGUGGCGUUCAACAAGCACUAUCAGAUCAAUGACAUCUACAGUUGCAGCUGGGGCCCAGAUGAUGAUGGGAAGACAGUGGAUGGCCCUCAUCAGCUUGGAAAGGCCGCCUUGCAACAUGGGGUGAUCGCUGGCCGCCAGGGCUUCGGGAGCAUCUUUGUCGUGGCGAGUGGCAAUGGGGGCCAGCACAACGACAACUGCAACUAUGACGGCUACGCCAACUCCAUCUACACGGUCACCAUAGGUGCUGUAGAUGAGGACGGACGGAUGCCGUUCUACGCAGAGGAGUGUGCGUCCAUGCUGGCGGUCACCUUCAGCGGUGGGGACAAGAUGCUCAGGAGCAUUGUGACCACUGACUGGGACCUUCAGAAGGGCACAGGCUGCACCGAGGGCCACACAGGCACCUCAGCCGCAGCCCCCCUGGCAGCCGGCAUGAUAGCCCUCAUGCUGCAGGUGCGGCCCUGCCUUACCUGGCGUGAUGUCCAGCACAUCAUUGUCUUCACAGCCACCCAGUACGAGGAUCGCCGUGCAGACUGGAUCACCAAUGAGGCAGGCUUCAGCCAUAGCCACCAGCACGGAUUCGGCCUGCUCAAGGCUUGGAGACUCGUUAACGCAGCCAAGAUCUGGACAUCUGUCCCUUACUUAGCUUCCUACGUCAGCCCUGUGUUAAAAGAGAACAAGGCUAUCCCACUGUCCCCCGACUCCCUGGAGGUGCUGUGGAAUGUCAGCAGGACGGACCUGGAGAUGUCGGGGCUGCAGACCUUGGAGCACGUGGCAGUGACGGUCUCCAUCACUCACCCGCGACGUGGCAGCUUGGAGCUGCAGCUCUUUUGCCCCAGCGGCAUGAUGUCCCUCAUCGGCGCCCCCCGCAGCAUGGACUCGGACCCCAGCGGCUUCGAGGACUGGACCUUCUCCACUGUGCGCUGCUGGGGGGAGAGGGCGCGAGGGUCCUACAGACUCGUGGUCAGGGAUGUAGGAGAUGAGGCGCUCCCGGCCGGCACCCUCCGGCAAUGGCGGCUGACCCUGUACGGCUCUGCGUGGAGUCCGGUGGACAUCAGAGACAGACAGAGACUCUUAGAAGAUGCCAUGAGUGGAAAGUACCUGCACGACGGCUUCUCUCUGCCCUGCCCUCCUGGGCUCAAAAUUCCUGAGGAAGUCGGUUACCCCAUCACCCCUAACACCCUCAAGACCCUGGUGCUGGUCGGCUGUUUUGCCGCCUUCUGGACUGUGUACUACGUGCUGGAAGUCUACCUGAGCCAGAGGGAUGUGGCCUCUCACCUGGUUUGUCGGAGACCCUGCCACUGGCUCCCAAGAAGCCGAAAAGCCAGGGAGGAGGGGUCAGAACUGGAGUCAGUGCCACUUUGCAGCAGCACGGACCCUGGGGGAGCGGAGGCGGAGGCCGCAGGCCCUGUCAUCGCUGCGGGUGCCCCGGGCCCAGGCCUGCCGGGCAGGGAGGAGCAGAUGUGCUGACCGCCUGCAGCUCGGCCUGGCACAAACUCUUCCUCCCCGGCAGGGAGCUUGGCAGCUGCUCCCAAGUCCGGGAGCCCUGGGAGCAGGCACCCCUGAUGCGCACGUCCGUCUGUCCGUCCGUCCGCAGCCCAGAGGCUCCAGAGCACCUCUGACGGCCCCCAGGGCGGGCCAAGCUUUGGAGGGGACGUGCGGAGGAGCGGUGCAGAGGACAGGGUGGCAGCAACACGACCUUCCUGAACCGACAGCCUCGGGUGAGAAGGACUCCGAUGGGACUGGCCCGUCAUUUCCCCCGGCCAGUGGUGCGGCCACGGGCCCUCGCCCGCCCGGCAGGCGUGAGAAGGGGCCUGCCGUGGCCAGAAGAGCGUCCCCGGGAAACGUCCCUGGAGUCACUUGGGAAGAGGGCGCAGAGGGCGGACUGGAAGGGCCCGGAUAUCCUGUCCUCGGGCCCAGGACCCGGAGCCAGCACUGUGCUCACCCUCCUGCCUAAGCCUUGGACCUUGGACAUACGGGUGUGGCUGUGGUCCCUCCGCCCAGGACACUGCCCUCAAGCCAUUGCUUCCGUCUCCCUAAUCAGAAGCCACCCCCGAACCCUGGACUCCCUCACCAUCCCCACCUUUCAUCCGAAGGGUCAGGAUGAUGCUCCUGGCCAAGCCAGGGAGGGCCUGGCCCGGCUGCUGCUUCCCAGGGGAGUCUGCACAGGACUGGGAGGGUGCGGCCACUGCCACCCAGCCCAGCCGCCCUGUCCUCCUCCCAAAGUGCUCAGGGAACGGCCUUGCCCUCUCCCCCCCCCCCCCCCCCCCCCCCCCGCCGCCGAGGCCAGCUGUCUGCUGGCAGCUCUAACGCCCCUUCUUGGCUCCCCCUCUUCUGAGCUGGUUGGUUGACUCGAAUUUUUUUUAACACUUAAGAUUUGAUUUUCUCCUUUCACAGCAACUUCUGUUGAAUUUUUUCUGCACAGCUUUUCCACAAUAAAAACUUCCACAUAAUUCUGCCA